UAAGGUUGUUACUCUAAAUGGAGAAAACUGGGAUUGCUGUUGAAUCCUCUGCUGAUGAAAUAAAUGAUUCCCCAAUCGAGGAAGUGCGGCUCACAGUUCCAAUAACGGACGAUCCAACUAUGCCAUGUGUGACAUUUCGGACAUGGGUUUUGGGCGUGACAUCUUGUGUGAUUUUGGCGUUCCUGAAUCAGUUCUUUGGGUAUCGCCAAAACGCGCUUUCUCUCUCGUCUGUUCCUGCUCAGAUUGUUGUGCUGCCCAUGGGGAAGCUCAUGGCAGCAUAUUUGCCUACAAAAGUGGUCCAAAUGCCAGGCACAAAAUGGUCGUUUUCUUUGAAUCCAGGGCCAUUUAAUAUUAAAGAGCACGUACUGAUCACCAUAUUUGCCAGUUCGGGUUCCGAUUCAUCUUUUGCAGUGCGUAUCAUCACCAUGAUGAAAGCUUUUUACCACCGCGAUAUUCAUCCCCUUGCAGCAUUGUUGUUGACAUUCAGCACUCAGAUGCUUGGAUAUGGGUUGGCUGGCAUCUUCAAAAAAAUUCUCAUUGAUUCGCCCUACAUGUGGUGGCCUUCAAAUCUUGUUCAAGUCUCCCUCUUUAGAGCGUUACAUGACGUUGAAACCAGGCCAAAAGGAGGGCUAACUAGGCUGCAAUUCUUCAUCAUAGUUCUUGUCUGCAGCUUCGCCUAUUAUGUUGUGCCCAACUACCUUUUCCCAUCCAUAACUGCCCUAUCACUCCUCUGUUGGAUAUGGAAGGAUUCUAUAACCGCGCAACAGCUAGGCUCAGGCUUAAAAGGCCUAGGCAUUGGCUCGUUUGCCCUCGAUUGGGCAACCGUGGCUGCCUUCCAAGGCAGUCCACUCGCCACCCCGGGUUUCGCCAUCAUCAACAUGUUGAUUGGUUACAUACUGGUUGCUUACAUAGCCAUACCAGUUUGCUAUUGGACUAACUUGUUUGAAGCUAAAAAGUUCCCUCUCUUCUCGUCUCAUGUUUUUGAUUCCAAUGGACAUGUGUACAACAUUUCCAGAGUGUUGAAUAAGAAAACCUUUGAAUUUGACCAGCAAGGGUAUGAUAGUUACAGUAACAUUUAUUUGAGCACAACUUUUGCGUAUACUUAUGGUCUCAGCUUUGCAACCCUGGCUGCAAUUGUUUCCCAUGUUGCACUCUUCCAUGGCAGAACAAUUUGGGAGCAAACAAAGGCGUCUGUGCAGGACAAGUUUAGCGACAUCCAUACAAGGUUGAUGAGGAAAAACUAUAAACAUGUGCCUCAAUGGUUGUUUUACUUGCUCUUAGUAAUCGUUGUUGGAGUGGCACUAGUAGCCUGCCAAGGGUUUGGGGGACAACUGCAGCUUCCUUUCUGGGGUGUACUGUUAGCAGUGUUACUAUCUUUAUUCUUCACCCUUCCUGUUGGAGUGAUAGUAGCAACUACAAAUCAGCAAGCAGGGCUGAAUGUAAUUGCAGAACUUAUCAUUGGUUACAUGUAUCCUGGGAGACCUUUGGCUAAUGUGACUUUCAAGAUGUACGGUUUCAGUAGCCUGUCACAAUCCCUUAUGUUCUUAUCAGAUUUCAAGCUAGGCCACUACAUGAAAAUCCCUCCAAGAUCUAUGUUCAUGGUCCAGCUAGUGGGAACACUAAUAUCAUGCUGUGUGCAUUUUGGCACUGGUUGGUGGCUCUUGACAACAGUGGAAAACAUAUGCAACCCAUCAAAGCUACCCGUGGGAAGCCAAUGGACGUGCCCGGGGGAUGAUGUUUUCUACAAUGCAUCGAUCAUAUGGGGAGUGGUGAGCCCAAGGCGGAUGUUUGGUAACCUCGGGGUAUACCAGGCAGUCAACUACUUCUUCCUCGUUGGGUUUCUCGCGCCCAUACCGGUUUGGUAUCUAGGGCGAAAGUACCCGGAGAAGAAAUGGAUUAGCCUGAUCAACAUGCCAAUUUUGAUAUCUGGGGCAGGAGGGAUACCUAUAGUGAAAUCUGUGAACUAUGUGUGUUGGUUUGCAGUGGGGUUGUAUUUCAAUUUGUAUGUGUAUAAGAAACACAAGGGGUGGUGGGCUAGGCACAACUACAUAUUAUCGGCUGGGUUGGAUGCAGGGGUGGCAUUCAUGGCAAUUCUUUGCUAUUUUACUUUGCAGAGUGGGGGUAUCAAUGGACCAAAGUGGUGGGGUUUGGAGUUGGAUGAUCAUUGCCCUUUGGCUAGUUGCCCUACUGCACCUGGCAUUGUAGUUCAAGGUUGUCCUGUAUUUCAGUAAGGAGAGAACUAUGUGUGUACUCUUAUUCUCUACUGUCAAAUUUUACCUCAGACAUAAAAUCUUGAUGUAGACCACUUAUAAUAAGAUCCACACGAAAAAAAAAAACCAAACUUAUCAGUGCCUAUUACAUGGAGAGUAUAUUAGUGUCCAUCAUGACAUGAAAUA